AUGUGCCUGGCCGCAAGCAGCGGGGGUCAGCCGUCAUUUCCGAGGCGCUCAGCGCGCCACUUCACGCAGGCCGCGCGGCGGCUCUGCGACGCCCGGGGCAAGCUUGGCCGCGACGCCCCCGACGGUGCAGCGCUGCUCGGCGCCAAACGCUCAGCGAGCGCUGUGCGCGCCACUCACCGCUCGCCGCGCCGCACGGCGGCACAAUGUGGAACAGCCUUCCAUCACCCGGGGCAAACUGCUUUCAUUUCCUCGCCGAGACGAGAGGCUUCCGAAAUUUCAUUGCCGGCGCUCGCCCGCGCACCUUCAAACCUAUUGAUUCUCGCUGGGGACGUCAGUUUUGAGAAGGGUCUUGGACAGCGCGGGCCUGGUGAAAUGAAAUCUAUCCUCCAUCCUUCGCGGCUGCUGUGUGUCUGGCCGACUGGCGCGAGGCUUGCGUUUCACAUGCCCCUAUUGUUGGAGACGAGGCUGCGGGGGCGAGCUGAUUUGGUGAGAGCAGGGAGAAGGAGUGGGGGUGUGUGUGGGGGUGUGGAGGGGAGAAGGGAAAGAGAGAGAGAGAGAGAGAGAGAACGGGUAUCUCCGAUGCCUCCGCGGAACGCGGGUUUCUACGCAGAUCGCAGAGAGGUACUUCUGGGAGCGGCGAGCUGCGUGGUUGGGCCGCUGCCCACUCCUGGCCACAGAUCCAGAAGAUCAGUUUUAUCCGCACUCUGGCGCCGGCUAGAGCGAUGCCCACGCCGGACCGGCAAGCGGGAGUUCCAGCGAGCUCAUGUGAGCCCAGAGCUACGUGAAUUGAUAUCCGGCGCUGACCUAUACGUUGACGUAUCUCCCACCAGCAAGGCACCACCACAUCCGGGACAACAACGCGAGGCUGGAACUUGGAGAGCGGCACCAGCUUAG